AUGAAGUUUACCAUUUUUACUAUUGCCAUCUUCGCUACGGCAUUUGGCGCGCCAGUACGCCGUCAAACAGGCAACGUUCAGACAUUCACCAGUGCUCUUGGAGGUAUUGCAGCCACACCAGUUGAGGAUUCCGGCAAUCCAAGCCGGCCAUUUCAAGUGAAAGAUGACACUUUUGCAAACAUCGGGGCUGCACUGGCACGAAGCUGUGAUCAGCAGUUUAACGCUUGUGCAAAUGCUGCGAAUGAAGGAGAUGUGACUUUAAGCGUAGCUCAGUGCUCAACACAAAAAGGUGUGUCUCCAACGGAUAGACUGCUGACCAUAGCCAGGCUGACAAUUUCGCAGACCAGUGCAGUGCGAGUAUCCAAGCGAGUACUGCAGGGGCGCAGGGCAACGCUCAGGCCGAUGGUGCUGGUGAUGCAGACAGUGCAGGGAACGCCGGUGCGAACGGGAACGACUCUGGAAAUGACAACGGCAAUAUUGGUGGGAACUCUGCCGCAGCGGGUGUUGCAGAGGUAUGCACAUGAUCAAGUAGAUCUGGACACGGGAUACAGAUCGUCUGCGGUUGUGAAGUGA